CGUUGAUACCAGAAUACAGCGACUGUGGGAAGACUUCGCGGUGUGGUUAUUGGGAGUAUGAAUUGAGAUGAAAUGAAUAGUGUGGGUAAAGCCAGCGAAGGAACGAUCACGAGGCGUGCUAGAAUAGGAGCAGAGGAUAUUGGCCUGUCAGUCUCAUUCUCAAUACGGUAGCAAUGUAUGGGCGCGUCCGUUAUGAUCGGUCGCCCUUAUCCGGUUCCCUAAGGAACUCAUCCAUCUCCUUCGACGAUCCUAGAAUGCCUCCCCUCGCCCUGCUCUUGUUGGACUAUCAAUCCGAAAUCCGCAAUUUUGUUCCUGACAAAACCAUAUUCGAUGCUGCUGUUUCGAACGGUGCCGAGUUGUUAGCUGUCGCUCGGGCCCAAGGGCCGGAGAAAGUGGUCAUUGCACACGUCAUCGUGGGGGGAUUGCGUAGGAGCAACGAGGAGCUAUACAGUGUGGUCAAAGAAUCGAAGUUCGGUAAUUGGAUAGAGUCGUUCCCUGCGAGUCUCGAGAAUCCGGGGAUAGUGGAGAGUGUUACCCCGCUGCCCGGAGAGAAGGUCCACCCCCGUCCACGCGGCUCUCCCUUCCACGACACCGACUUCAACUCCUUCCUCCGUUCUAAGGAAGUGACGCGGCUCAUCCUCGCUGGCGUCGCUACCUCCGGUGCGGUGCUUCACACCUGGCGUUCGGCACUCGAUGCGGAUUAUGAGGUCGAGGUAGUUCCCCAGGCGUGUGCGGACUUGAACCCGGAGAUGCACCAGAUUCUUGUGGAGAAGUUCUUCAACCGGUUUGGGGAGGUGCUCAGUGUGGAGGAGGCUAAGAAGCAGUUGGCUGCAUGA